AAUAUGUAAUACACUCUGUACAUGUAAAAGAAGCCUUGGACCAGACCCCCUGCACUAUCUAGGUCGUUUUGAAAUGAAGGAUCCUAGCUGGUGAUGGAUUCUUUGGGGGCGAUUCUCACCAGCCAGCAUCGAAGCCUCGCGCUUACUAAAAGGGAAAGGAAUAACAAUAGAUAUAAACUUGGCUCCCUCCGAGAUGCUGUAUGAAUUGACCUGUUCAGAAACCCUUGGGACAACAACACUGGCAUUAUGUUCGGAACUCUGCACUGGAGCCCUCAUGGUAAAGAGGCAGAAUUCAUUGAGAGGCCACACGGAUCCUCGAACCUAGAAAGGAAUCCAGCGUGCGAUCGGUGCAGGGCCAGAAAGGUGAAAUGCAGGGAUCUCGGUAACGAAGGUUGCACCCGAUGCGUACGCCUGGGGAAGACGUGCACGUUCAGUACUGGCAAGCAUCGAGGCGAUCACCGAAUACAAAAGGCAAGCAUCAACAAGCAUACAUCACACCAGCACUCGCCGCACUGGCUGGACUCGUUUCCUCAGCCGUCAGCGUCGUCGAGCUGCAAAGACACAGAACAUGAGGAAGAAGAGCCUGAGCACAAAGACAUGGAGAAACAGCCUCCUAUGUCUUCCCUACCAGAUCCCCAGGAUGGCGAUGGAGAUGGAAACGUAAAUGUAAAUGAAAUGACCUUCGACCUGUCUUUUCUCGCCAACUUCGACCAUGAGUCGAGCGAUCGAGGCGGCGAGGACUCUUCCAGGUUUGCCCUUUUCUCUGCAAUCUCACCCAGCACGCAACCCGAGCCAGAGCCCAGCUCUAUCACCAGCAUGUUGGGGACAUUACUCUCACCACCACUCAGCUCAGAGGACGAGUCCCAAUACUUCUCUCCUGUCGGCCACGCCCACCCGCAAGACCCGUCUAACCUCUUCGACAUCUGCAUCCCCACGCCCGCAUCUCUACACACAUCCACAUCCACGGCGUUUCCCUCUGGGCUGUCCGGCCAACCAUGUGGUUGUCUCGCGGCCGUCGUCUUUGCCGUCGAGCAAUUCGAGGCGAGCUGCCACGCCGGCCACCGCGCUGAGCUGGACUCCAUCGUCUCAUACCAGAAGGAAGCCAUCAAGUGCUGCCGCGCGCAGCUCAAGUGUAGCAGCUGCAUCGCCAGGAGAGAGACCCUCGUGCUGCUGGUCUUCAUGCUCGAGAAAAUCGUCGCGGCCUGUGGUCUGGUUGUCGGGUUGUACCGUGUGAAAGACGUACAACCUCACCGACCUUCCUCGUCGUUGCGGGUCAACGGUGAUGGGAGUCUAGAUCUUGGCCUUGCCACGUCCAAGGCUGACUGGCGGGAACUCCUCCUGGGCGACUAUGAAAUUAGCUCGCCCCUGGAAUGGGAGCAUCUGGUCCGCGUGCUCAUCCUUCUCCAACUAAGGGCAGUGAUGGAGCUGUUGGCGGACGUGAAGAGCAUGGAGAGCGAGGUCCUGGGAGAAACGCUGAUGGCGAGCCUCACACAGGCGGAGAUACGGCUCGGCGAACUUGAGAAAUCCAUAUUCAUUCUAUAGAACUGGGUGUACUUUCAUGGUGACA